AUGGAAUCGUCAGAACCUCUCAACAAAGAUGUCCCAUUUGGACGUCGACUUCUGCCACAACUAGUUGAUGACAAGGCUCAAAGUAAACCAUCCCAACUAAUGGGCAUGAUUGCAAAAUCAACGGAUCUUUCGCUUGGAUUUCUCGAAUUUACCUACAAAGAUAUUGCAAAUGCUGUCAACUUCAUUUCUUGGUGGUUGUUAGACAAGGUGGGACGACCAAGCGCAGGCAGAAAUACCAUAGCAUAUAUGGGAGUCACUGAUUUCAGAUACCUCGUUAUGGAACUUGCUAGUAUCAAGACGGGAUACAUCAUUCUACUUCCAUCAAUUCGCAAUUCUCAAGAAGAUUUCACUCAUAUAUUCAAUACAACGAAUGUCCAUGGUCUUUUCUUCUCCAGCAAAUUUUCCAAGGAUAUAAAAGGAUUAGUUCAUCUUCGACCGUCGAUGAAAGUCUUCGAAAUACCAGAGUUUGAGGCAAUGAUCCGCGAAAGAAGCUCACCUUAUCUUUACACCAAAACUUGGGAAGAAGCAAAAGACGACGUAAUUAUCUGUCAUCAUACGUCUGGAACUACGGGGUCGCCAAAACCAAUUUACCAUACUCAUCGUUUCUACUCUGUCUUUGAUACAUUGAGAAAAUUCCGCCACAUCAAAUCAGACGCUGAACCAUUUGGUAUAUUUCUUAUUGGCGAUAUUCCUAACACUCGUGUCUAUUUUGGCAUGCCAUUUUUCCAUUUUGGGGGGUGCGCAUCUGUAUUUUCGGCAUUGUUCAAUGAGGCUCUUACCGUGCUUGGGCCCACCGAUAGUCUAAUCAACGCCCAAUUGGUCUGCAACAUCGCAAAGAAGGCCAGAUGUCGAGUGAUUGUCCAGGUCCCGUCAAUCACUGAUGAUAUUGCCAAACAUUUUUAUCGAGAAUUUCUAGACUUGCUUCCCGAUCUAGAGAUCAUCAUCAGUUCUGGCGGUCCUCUCGCUGCAACCACAGGUCACCUCCUUGCUUCGAAAGUCAGAUUGGGACAAGCUUAUGGCUCGACUGAAGCCGGAGCUAUUCCCCAAUUAGAGACUAGCGAAGAGGACUGGGGUUGGAUGAGAUUCAACUUUGACGUAGGAGGUCUAAUCAUGGAACCGCUUGAGGGCGAGCCUGGAAGAUACGAGCUUGUUAUACGCAAAGUACCACAAGAUGCAUGGAUCCAGGGAGUCUUUAUGAUCUUCCCAACCCAUGAGGAAUGGAGAACAAGAGAUAUAUUUGAAAAGCAUCUAAGCAAGCCACUGUAUAGAUUUUCUGGGCGUAUUGAUGAUGUUAUAGUUCUUUCAAAUGGGGAAAAAUUAAAUCCAGUCAGGAUGGAACUUAUCAUAAGCUCGCAUGAAUCUCUGACCGGAGCUCUCGUCGUUGGUUGGGGAAGAACACAGGUAGCACUGCUCAUUGGGCAAAACGAAAACCUCCCUGAGUCUGUUCUUAUUGAUAUGGUCUGGCCCGCAGUUGAACAAGCGAACGAGGGAGCUCCAGGUCACGGAAAGAUUCAUAGAAGUAUGGUCCUGAUCGCUAAAUCCGACAAGCCAUUCCCACGAGCAGGUAAGGGAUCAAUUAUAAGAGCUCGAACAGUCGCAUUAUAUGAACAGGAGAUUAACCAUCUCUACAAUACCUCGUCUCCCACAAACUCUAGCAAUAAUCUCUCCACUACGCCCUUGCUUCAAACCCCCUUCGAAACUUUCCGACGAUUCGUUAAUGAUUGUGUGGUAAAUAUUUUGCAAUCAUCCGGAGCAACAGUUGGAGCCAACAAUUCGGUCUUACCUGCAGAUACCGACUUCUCAAUUCUCGGCCUAGAUUCUCUACAGAUCACUCAGCUUACCAAUAUGAUUCAAUCAACUUUCCAGCCUCUCGUACCCGCGGGACAGCUUUCGGGUGUCACAGUGAGGUUUAUUUACGAUAAUUCUACCAUAUCGAGGCUUUCCACGGCCAUAUUUAAGGUGGCCUACCCACUCAAAGACGUUUCGGAGCUCAGUGGGGUGGAGCAAAUUUUUGGAGCACUUGUACCAGCAGAAAUGUCUCUGGAGCGCCUUAUUCAUAGGUAUUCCAGUGAAUUUCCCGUCAAGCAAGACAAAACAAUUACAAAGUCUAACGGUGAAGGCAUUCGCGUACUUCUUACCGGCUCAACUGGCUACCUAGGAUAUUACCUUCUCAAUGUCCUAAUCGCAGAUUCCAAGGUCGCAAAGAUCGUAUGCUUCAAUCGUUCCGCGGAAGCCGAAAAGAAUUUCAUCGCAGAAUUUGGCGCCUCAGACGGAGCUUCCAAAGUUGAGUUCCUCAAAGUAUCUUUUGGCGAUUCAAAAUUCGGUUUGGCACCCGCAGUUCAUCAGGGUUUACUUGAAACCAUCGAUGUUAUUAUCCACAAUGCUUGGCCAGUCGACUUCAAUUUAUCCAUUAAAUCUUUCGAGAAAGAACAUAUUGCUAGUGUACGCAAUUUCAUCGCUUGGUCCCUGUCGUCUCCACGCAAAGUGACAAUCCAAUUUGUGAGCUCGGUAAGCUCGUUGGGAAAUUGGGCAUCUGUUCAUCCCAACACACCGGUUCCUGAGGAGGUAUUCAGCGAUAGUAAAUUACCCAUGCUAGGCUACGGGCAAUCCAAGUUCGUAGCAGAGAACAUCUUAUACAUCGCUGCAAAGGAAUAUGGUAUAUCAAUCGAUAUGUUGAGAUGCGGACAAAUUGGAGGUCCAGCUAGUCAUGGAAAGAGGUUGUGGAACUCUCGAGAUUGGUUUCCGACUCUGAUGCAAACUUCAAAGGCCCUGGGAUUGAUACCAAAUAAUCUUGGAGCUCAGAAUCUCGUACAGUGGAUUCCGGUUGACAGUGCGGCACCGACAAUCAUUGAUUUGAUGCAUGGAAGUGGGGCUAAAGAAGGUUUGCGAACCUUCAAUCUCAUCAACCCCGCGUUUGCCAUUUGGACGGAGCUUCUUCCUACAGUUAAGCAAGUACUCGGCAUUACUAAUGAAAUUCCAUUGCGAGAUUGGCUCACGGAACUCAAGAAACAUGACGCUACGUCCAGAGAUCAACUCGAGAGGUUUCCUGCGCUUAAGCUUUUGGGGUUCUAUGAAUGGUUAGCUACAGAACAGCGAGUGGUAUUCCUUACAGAUCAUUCGGAUGCUGCUAGCGCUUCGUUUGGAAAGUUAGGCCCAGUUACUAAGGAAAUGAUUGGAAGAUGGGUGGAGGAUUGGAGAUUUUGA